AUGUCGCAUGCAACACGCGAUCCGGAUAAUCCACCAGCUUACUAUUAUACGUUAACAGAAAAGCAGCAACACAAUUGGCGAAAAACAGCAAAGAAAAUAAAGAAAAAUGAAGAUCUCCAAGUAAAAUAUCCACCAUUCAAGUCAUCAUCAAAUAUCAACAUCAUUCAAGUCAUCAUCAAAUAUCAACAUCAUUCAAGUCAUCAUCAAAUAUCAACAUCAUUCAAGUCAUCAUCAAAUAUCAACAUCAUUCAAGUCAUCAUCAAAUAUCAACAUCAUUCACAUCCACCAUAA